AUGGCUGAGGGCGAUUACGAAUUCCGUCCUAAGGCGACGGUGCUCGGCCGUCUAGAAUUGGAUGAAAUCCUUCGCAUAGCGCCACCUGCGGAAGCCAUCAGCAGAGGGUUCACGCUUCAAGAGGCUGAUGUGGACCGGGUUAUCUCCGCGGCAAGGGAGCUCGAGGGGGCUCAGGUCGUCGCUGACCCAAGCAUCCCACCCCAGCAGACGGUCGAAACCCUACUGAAAGUCGUGAGGGUCUUGCAAGCUGCUCUCGAUGUGCAGUUCUCAGAGAACGAGGAGCUGACAGCGGACUUCAACGAGCUUCAGAACAAUGAAGUUCGACGACUGCGUGAGGAAAACAACCGCCUUCGCGAGAUGCGCGACCAGGAGGAGGCAACGACGGAUGUUGGGGAGCUCCGGCGUCGCAACGAGGACCUGCUUGACCAGCUCGACGAGAUGGAGCAGCUGGUGGAGCAAUUGCGGGAGAGCGAAAAGGAGGCCCUGGCGCGGCGGGAUGAGCUAGAGGAAAGCUCCCUCUGGCAAAUCGCGUACAAAUCAAUAAAACCCCAAAACACGCAGCAAGUCCCUUGUAGUGAAAUCCAUGUAGUACACCCAUGCCCUAACACACGAUGCCUCAUGCAAAUCAAACCUUCCCUUAAUAACAACAACAACAACAACUACUACAACUACUACUACUUCAGCAUCAAGGAGCGCGACCGGGAGCUGCUCAAACUACAGACCCGCGCGGCGGACGCCGAGAAGCGCUACGAGCGGUUUCGCGACGACUACAACGACCUCAAGGAGCGCUACCGUACGCUGUCGCAGGAGCAUGACCGCGCGGUUUCGGAGGCUCGGUCGCAGGACACCAAGCAGCAGAGCGAGUGGAAGAUCGAGCGGCUGACCAAGGACAACCGGGCGCUAGAGGUCGCGAACACGGAGCUCCGGAAGGAUCUGGCGGCUGUCAAGGAGGAGAACCUGGAGGUCUCCGAGAAGAUCAUCGAGCUCAACGCCCAGCACCAGGAGUUGCUGUCCAAGAGCUUAGCUUUGGAGACGCGAAUUGAGGAGAUGAGCAGCGAUAAAGAGAAUUUGCUGUCCAUCCAGGAUGAGCUGAGAGCCGAGCUGCAGGACAAGAUGACCCUGCUGGAUGAGUUUGAGGAUAAGUUCAAUCGGCAGUACAGGAGGGAAAGACGGGCUUUGCGUGGGUGGGUUGAGGUGAGGUCCUGGGAAGAUGAGAAGGCGGGUUUGGUGGCGCAGAUCGAGGCCUUGCGGCGGGAGGGCAAGGGCCGGCGUGUGGUGGGAAAGGACGGAGAGGCCAUAUCUAUCGGCGCUGGGGGCCCUGGCGGCGGCAGCGCGGCGGAGCUGGACCAGCUGCGGAUGGAGCUCAACGACAUGCGUGAGGACAAGGCAAAUCCGUCGCUGGAUCGCGAUGGUACCAUGUGGCACAACAUGCAUAUCCUUCUGCUGGAGGCUUACGAGCAGCUGGAAGAAGACGUGGCCAAGGAGGUGGACCGAGCCCUGUCUCGCCAGCAGGAAGAAAUGGACCGCCUCAAGCGGCGAGUGGAUUUCCUGCAGCGAAAGCUGGAAGAGCAGGACGAGGACGCGGAGGACUCGCGAGUACUAAUGACGACACUGGAGGAGGAGCUUAAGGAGGCGCGAGAGCGUAAUAAGAUGUACGAGCAGGGCGUGUACGGAAUGCCCCAGGCAGUGGAGGAGAUCCGGCAGCUGCGGUCCGACCUAGCUAAGGCCAACAAGCGCAUGGAGGCGCUGGUGCAGCAGAUUAACAAACAGGCUGCCAAGGUGGAGGACCUGCACGACGAGAACGCCAUGUUGCGCAAGAAGGCGGGGAUGGGUGACGCCGACAAGGUGGACAUACGCGACAUCAAGAUGCAGAAGGAGGCGACCAUUGCGCAGCUGCGCGCGCUGAACGCCCUCUUGGAACGUCAGGUGGCUGAUCUAGAGGAGGAGCGACGCAAGCUGCGCAUGGAGAUGAAGUUCCGUGCCAAGUACCACGGACAGCAUGCGUUGGAGAUGGGUCUGACCAACGAGAAGCUGCUGCUGCUGGAGGAGUACGCGGACAGCCUCAAGAACAACCGGGUGGAGGAGGCGCGGGUGGUGGACCAGAUGCAGCAGAGGAUCAAUUUCCUGGAGGUUCGGCUGGCGGAGGUAAUGGCCUACGCCGACAUCCCCCCCAGCAUGCGACCCGCCCUCAGCGAGUUCGACCCCACAGGUCUGGGCACCUUCCAGGCGGCCGUCCAGGCGGCAGUGGCGGAGGACCUGCUCGUGGUGCCGCUGCCGCCAGCAGCGCUGCCGCCGCCGGCGGCCGCGGCCCUGCCGGCGAUUAAGGCCAAGGAGGUGGAGGCGGUGCGGAGUGUGCUGUCGGAUUGCAUGCGGCGCCUGCGCCAGAUGAGCCAAUCUCUAAUGGAGCAGCGCAACAUCAGCGACCGCGAUUACCAGCGCUACGUGGACGCCAUCCUGGCGCAGCUGACCGACGGCGACAAGGUCCUAGCGGCGCUUCUCAACGACCCCGCCGCCGCGCUCGUAAAGCAGGCCGCUACCCCCGGUUCCACCGCCUCAACCGAUCGACCUGCGGCUGGCGAGACCGGCGUCUUGCCGCGCAGCCCGCAGGGCUCACGACCGCUCACCCCCAUCGGGUCCCUGGCGCCCACGCCCGGCGGACGCCCUGGCGGCGGCGGCGGUGGCAACCCUGCCGCCGUUGUCCAGCUGCUGCCUGGAGACGCGAGCUACCUGGCGGAUGCGGUGGCGGAGGAGCUUCGGAAACGGCUACGCGGGUUGGCUAAGCAGGUGGCGGAGUUGCAGUCAGAGGUGGCGCAGAAAGAUGUGCGAAUCACGCAGUUGAUGGGUCAGAAGACGGACCUGGAGCGCCGAAUCGGUCUCACAAUGGGCGACCGGAAGUCUGAGUACGUGACCAUGGCCGAGUACGAGGAGGUGCAGCUUGAGGUGCAGGGCCUGAAAGACCAGCUCAUCGGUGUUCUGGAGGAGCUGUCGUCGCGCGAGCGCGAGGCGGCGGACCUGCACGAGGCGUCGCUGCGUUACCACUCCAAGAUGCAGACCUUCAGCGACCAAGUCAAGCUGCUAUACAGGGAGUAUUCGGGGGCGCAGGCCGCCUGGAAGAGCCAGAAGGCCCAGGCCGACACCAACGCAUACAAGGUCGCCACCCGGGAGCUGCAGACCGCCCUAGACACCCUCAGCAAGUCCCGGGACUUGACAGAAGUCGAGAAGGAGUACCUGGACACCGUGCGCCGCAUGGCGGUCGUACAGAUCAAGCAAGCAAAGCUGGCACGCGAGUUGGAAGCAAGCGUGGCGGGCGAGAAGGCGCUAACGAUGCGCGUGACGGAGCUGGAGGAGGAGGUCUACCAUAGCCUGGUGGCCAAGCACACCCGGCUUCAGCACGAGUACCGGAAGCUGCUUGAAGAGCAGGCGGAGGCGGUGGUGGCGCCCGGGCAGGAGGAGGUGUUCCGCUUGCGUGAGGAGCUGAAUGAGAUGCUCACUCGCUACGACCAGGCGGCCAGCCAGGCGGCGGAGAUGCGGCCCAAGCUCCACCAGGCUGAGAUGUUAGCCAAGGCAGCCCAGGAAGCGGCUGCCCAGCAGUCGACGGCAGGGAAACACGACCCCACGUCCAAGCUAGCAGCUGGCAGCAGCCAGCGGCCUGGCAGCACAGCGCCAUCGCCACCGCCGGUGGUCCUGGACAACGUGCUGGGCCAGGAGCUGGUGGCGGCGCGGGUGCAGCAGGAGGCGGCGGUGCGGCGCGCGGAGAUGGUGGAGAACGAACGCAAUCGCGUGCAACACAGCUUGGUCGACAUGCAGGUCUAUGGCAAGGAACUAGAAGAGCGCUUGGCGCAGAGCGCAGCGGAGUUGGAGCUGGCGCGACAGACCGCGGCUGGGCUGGAGCGGCGGCUGGCGGGCGCCAAGACCAAGGAGGAGGUCGAUGAGAUGGUUCGGCGGAUGCACGCCGCGGAGGUUGCGGCGGCAGAGGUGCAAAAGAACCACUCUGACCUCGUGUAUAAAGCGGAGGAGGCCGAGCGCCGCGCGGAGGCAGCCACACGCGACCGAAUGCGUUUCCUGUCCGAGAUCACCAACCUCAAGGCGGCGCUCCGCGACAUGUCGGGUCGCAGCGAUAAGGCCGCGCUGCUGGGCAAGCUGCACCUGGAGCUGGACCAUUGCAGGACCAAGGAGUCGUUGGCGCGCAACGCUCUGAACCGGUCUGAGCUGCAGCGCAUCGAGCUGGAGAAAACCAUCCGGCGGCAGAAGCAGGAACUGGCAAACCUGACGGGUCGUGUGUUCGCCCACCAGGACCACGCGGCCUGGUCCGACCGGCAACGCCACGAGGCGCAGGCUCAGCUGCAGGUCACCCUGUCCGGGAGGACGGAGACCUGGAAGGCGCGGCUAUGGGCGCGGAAACUCGAGCAGCUCAAGGGCCGCAACGAGGCGCUGGCAGACGGCCUGGAGCUAGCUAGGAAGCGCAUCCUUGCGAUUGAGGACGCGCGCCAAGAAGCUGAGCUGAAGCUGGAGUUUAAGGAGGACGUGGCCUCCUGGUCUAAUCGGUCCCCCAAUGAUCUGGCUCGCGAGGUGGCCCGCCUAGGCGACCAGCUGCUGCAGCUACGGCUAGAGAAGGGCAAGCUCACGCGCGAAGACAUGUUGCUGAAGGAGAAGGUGCACUACACGGAACGAGUGAACGCGGAGCUGCACGACCUACUGGAGAAGUACGAGGCCGAGUACUUCCAGGCGCAGACCCAGCUGGAAGCCGACCGGACCGCUGCGGAGCUUCGCGCCGUGGGGCUGCAGGAGGAGAUGGAGAAGCUGCAGGAGCGCAUCAAUUCCUUGCUGGCGGCCAAGGACCUCAGUGACGCCGCCGCCGCCGCCGGAGCCGCCGACGGCGGCAUCGGCAUCGGCAUCGGAAGCAGCGUCGGCAAGGGUCUGCUGCGCGGCUCGCGGGCCGACGGCGGCGGCGGGCCGUACGGCGAUGAGUUCAGCAGCUCCUUGGCGGCGGGCGCCACUUUCCGUACAACCAUGGCGGAGCGCGACCAGCUAAUUGCGAUGGGCGACUACGACGCCACUCUCGCGGAGCUUGAGGACGUCCGGCGGCACCACCGCGACGCUCUGGACCGCCUGACACAACAGAGCGACGCGCUGCUGUACGCGCUCAACCAGUUCAAGACCCGGGGCGCGGAUGCGACGAUGAAGGCUGUUGCGGAGGCCACUGUCAACGAGCUCAAGCAGCGGCUCAAGGACCGAGACCAAAUCAUUGCGGGGCUGCGGAAGCAGCUGGAGGACGACGCCGCGAACAUGCUUAGCCGCCACGUCGCCGACAGAUCCGAGAUCGAGCGGCUCAACCAGAAGCUCUUUGAGCGGAAUGACGCUUCCAUUCAAGACCUCAAGGCGGUCCUAGACCGACUUCCCCUGAAGCAGGCAGGUCAGAACGUACCGGAGGAGCAGUUGAAGCUGCGGGAGGCUCUGGAGCGGGCGCAGGACACGAUCACGGUCCUGAAGAACCGCCUUGAGCAGAAGGACGCUGCGAUCGACAUGCUCAAGAUCAGCUUCGAAGCGGAGCUAAAGCAACUCCGGGACCAGCUGGCGGCGGCACGGUCGCAAGCGGAGGCGCGCUCUGCCGCCGCGGCCAAGGCGGAGCGGGAGGAGGGUCCCAUGAAGGCCCAUCUGCAGAAACUCAACACGCAGCUCAAGAGCAAGGACGAGAUGUUGCGGCAGCUGCGGGCGGCCAUCAAAGCUCUGGAGACCAAGUUGACCCAGGUUAUGAAGGAACAUGCGGACGAGAAGAUGCAGGCGGCCAGCUGGCAGGCACAAGAGCGAAUGCAGGAGCAGUUGGAUCGUCUGACGCAGGAGCGCGACGACCUGACCCGGCGGCUGGCGUUGGCCGAGGACAACGCGGCGGCGGCCACGGGCGUAGUAGGCGCGGAGGUGCAGGAGCAUAUGGCGGUGUUGAGGAGGCAGAUACAGGAGGAGAUUGAGAGGCGCGUGACCAUCGAGCGGCAGCUGGUUAGUGUGCGGGAGGAGCUUCAGAAGUUCAAGAAUGCACGCGAGGCGGUUGUGGAUCUCACGACGGGAAUGUCCAUCGAGGCCAAGCGCCAGAUCGAGGAGCUGCAAAAGCGAAUCAAUGUGUUGGAAAAGCAAAAUGCGGCCCUCAAGCGCAAGAAGGCCCAGGAGGCGUCAGCAGAUGGUCCUGGAGAUGGGACAUACCCGCCGGGUGGCGGAGGCGGUGGAGACGACUUCGAUGGCGGUGGUGGCGGCGAGGACCAGACCGGCGGCCAGGCGCCCCUUGGUGGCGCCGAGCACGACCCCGAGGCGGAAGAACGCCGUGAGCGGGCGCUGAUCCAGUGGGAGGAGGGCAAGAAACUCAACGCCAAGGUCGACUCCUUGAAGAAGCAGCUUGCCGCCAAGACCAGCGAGGUAGUCACAUUGCAAAGGGAGCUGGAGCGGUGUGCCGUACAGGCGACCAGUGUCCAGGCAGAAGUGGACAAGCAGGCGGCCGCGAUCCGCGACCUAAGCGAGAAGUUACGACGGGCGCAGGACGCGCCCAGAACGGACCGAGCAAAGCUCCGCCGCCAGGAGGACGUUCUGGAGCUACGGCUGCAGCGCGACCAGCUGCAGCUGCAAGUCAAACGGCUCAAGGAGCGCCUCGCAGAUCUGGGCGCAACAGCCGACGUAUCUGCCGGAGGCGGCGGAGCCGCCGCAGCUACACGCCGCGCUGGUUCCGCAGGGACACGGCUCGCCGGCGGCGGUGGCGGCAGCGGCAGCAUCUCCUCCGGUCGGGAAGCAGAGCUUUUGUCGACCAUCACCAACCUCAAGACGGCGCUUGAAAAGGCCACAGCUAACAGCACGCCCACCACCAAGUACAUGCAGGAGGUGAGCCGUCGCAAGGAAGCGGCGCGCGACGCGGAGGCGGCGCGCUUGGAGGUAGAGCGUCUCAAGCAGCAGCUGACCGCCAGUAGCCGCAUGGUGGCGGAGCUGCAGUCCUCAAACGCGGAGCUGCGGCGGCAGCUGCGGGCUGCGCCAGGACAGCCAGCGGCGGCGGGCGGCAGCGGCGGCGGGGGGGUAGCGGAGCUGGGCUUGCAGUUGAGUAAUUUGGAGAUGCUGCUUGGGCAACGGGAUGAGGAGGUGGCAGCGCUGCGUGGCGCGUUGGCACAACGGGAUACGGAGUUGGCGGCGCUACGAGGUCCAGACGGCGCCUCUGGCGGCGCCGAGGUGGCUUCGCUGCGCCGGCAGCUUCGGGAGCUGGAGGCGGAGAACGAGGACCUGCGCAACGAGCUCAACGCCUUCGACCCUAGCUUCUGGGAUGAGGUCAUGGAGAUGAAGCAGCAGCACGCUGAGCUGUCUCGCUUGGUGGAGCGCUACGAGGAGCAGGUGGUGGAUUUGUCGGAACGGCUAGGGAUACCGCCCCAGCUGCAGCGCCGCGGCGGCGGUGGCGGCGGCGGCGGCGGCGGCGGCGGCCGGACAAGCGCGGGGCGGUCGCGGGCACGGGCCGGCCUGGCAGACGAGCCCUUACGAGCUUCUCCCCGGAGGGGUAGUCGGUAG